AUUACAUAAGGUUAUAGACAACUAAAUUUCUAAAAAAUAUUUGCGCUGUGUAACCAUCGAGAAAUCUAGAAAAAAGUUACUCUAAACUAAUGUCUGAACAUAAAGAUUGAACGGAUAAAAGAAGUUUCAACAUGUCUUAUGACUGCAAACUGGGCAGCAGGAUAUUUUGUUGGGGUGGAAAUCAGAGUGGGCAGCUUGGAAUUGGAACCUUAGAGAAAGAAAAGGUGAAUGUUCCAACAGUCAUCAAGGAUGCUCUCAUUGAUCUCAGUGUGGCCCAGAUCUCCUGCGGAGAGAAGCAUACCCUGUUUGUUCUACAGAAUGGUUCCCUGUACUCUUGUGGAAACAAUGACUAUGGGCAGCUGGGACACAGUAGCCGUACUUCCAGGCCAGAGAAGGUAGAUUGCCUGUCCAGCAAGUCAGUGAUCCAGGCUGCUGUGGGUGCUGCUCACAGUCUUUGCCUCACCAGCAAGGGGGAAGUGUUCAGUUGGGGAGAUAACUCCUCAGGUCAGCUAGGCCGUGGAGAUGUGGACAGUGAACUUGGCAGAACACCCAUGAUGAUUAAGAUUCCACACACAGUUGUCCAAAUAGCAGCUGGUAGAAACCACAAUCUUCUUCUUACUGAUGACGGGCGGCUGUUCUCCUGGGGCAGUAAUGAUUGUGGCCAGCUGGGAGUGGGUUGCGGCUCCAGGCAAGCCCAGCCCAUGCUUAUCAGCAGCCUCAGUGGUGUGCCGGUAUCCCAGCUGGCUUGUGGGGGCUCACAUAGCUUUGCUCUCACCAGGUCGGGAACCAUGUUUGGCUGGGGAAGGAACAGUUUUGGACAACUUGGAAUGAGUGACAACCAAGACCGUCCCCAUCCUGCCACGUGUAAGAUCUUGAGGACCCAGAAGGUAACCUACGUGACCUGUGGGGAAGACCACACAGCCUGCCUCACGCUGGAUGGCGGACUCUUCAUGUUCGGCGCAGGCACGUACGGGCAGCUCGGGCACGGAACCAAGACCCAUGACACAGUGCCCAAGAAGGUCCAAGAGCUGAUGGGCUCCACUGUGACACAGGUGGCGUGUGGCAGGUGUCAUACUGUUGCCUAUGUCACGGACAAUGGUCGUCUGCAUUCAUUUGGCCAGGGUUCUAAUGGACAACUAGGACUAGAACAAUCUGGGCUUGUUGCUUUGCCUACCAAUGUGAAGGGGCCGUUUGUAGCCCACGUUCCUGCCAAUUGUGGAUCUCCCAUGGAAAUAGACACUGCUGGUCCAGUGUUUGUGAUAAACAUGAUAGCUGCAGGUGGUGAUCAAACAUUCGUGGCCACUUCUGUACCUGAGAGAGUUGUUGCUCCAAAGGACUAUCGUGUUGUUGAGGAAAGGUUUCAAGUGCAGAGAUUGACACCUACCUUAUUAGAUUGCAUAGGCAAAUUACAGACAGAGAGCCAACUGACCGCUAGUCAGGAACAGGAAAUAAUAAAGAUAUUCUCCUCAGCUGCUUGCCUGAAUUCGUCAUUUUUAGCAGGCACUAAGCACUACAGCAGCAGCAAGGAGAACCAUGGAGUGGACAUGGAGCUGGUAGCCUCUGAGCUGCAUAAGAUCGGAGAGGGCACUCACCCCAAAAUACUACAGAAGAUUGUUGCCUGCCUACAUAACAGCCUGUUUCCUAGUCUGCCUACAUCGCCACCAGAUGUUGAAGCCCUGCGACUCUACCUUAUCCUUCCUCACCUGCCAAUGUUUGAGCAGCCAAAGAACUUUAGAGAACUCCAGAGACCUUUCUCUAGGGCUGUCAUUAAUAUGGAUGAUAUACCCUCUCGAGUAAUAGAUCGCUGGUGGGGAACUCUGCCACAGAAAUGUUUCCUUCACCUUAUAUCAAUAUUCAAAGAGACUGUGAUAUACCUGUUGGGGCAACCCUUGGUUCAGGAGAAUAAGGACGAGGUGCAGACUCGUAUGCUGGCAAUGUUCAACUCACUGGAGAUGCUGAAGAGGCUGUUUGUUGUUAACGAACUCAACAACCAGGUCGUGCCUUACAACAAGUUCUAUGUGAAGACUUUAGGCGAGACGGUCAACCUUAAGGAAGACUAUCUGCAGUGGUUUCAGGAACAGGUCACAAAAACUGGGCAAAGGACAUUAUUUUUUUGUAAUUACCCAUUUACUUUUGAUGCUGUGGCCAAAAGCUUGCUGCUUGAAACUGAUGCCCGUAUCCAAAUGGCAAGCAGUCUUCAUGAAGCUCAGCGUCAGAACCUGGCUAGUCUGUUCCUUCCCAUCAACCCUGUCAACCAAUAUCUGGUCUUCAAGGUCUCCCGUGAUGGCAUUGUGAAGGAUACACUGCAUCAGCUCUUGGCUAUGCCCAGCGCUGAUCUUAAGAAACCCAUGAAGGUAAUUUUCGAAGGCGAGGAAGCCACUAUCGAUGCAGGGGGUGUCCGCAAGGAGUUUUUCCUUCUUUUAUUGCGAGAAGUCUUGGAUCCGAAGUAUGGGAUGUUCAAAUUGUAUGAGGAAUCACAUUUGCAGUGGUUUUCACCUUUUCCCUUUGAAGACCACGGCAUGUACAUGCUGAUAGGUAUACUGUGCGGCCUGGCCAUCUAUAACUCUGUGAUCAUCCAGCUCAGCUUUCCGCUGGCUCUCUACAAGAAACUGCUCAACAGACCUACAACUAUUGAAGAUAUCUCUGAAUUGAUGCCUACAGUCGGCAGGAGUUUUGAAAAACUUCUUGGUCAUGAAGGCAAUGAUGUAGAGGAAAUCUUCUGCCUUACAUUUGAGAUAAGUCAGGAGUAUUUAGGAGAGUUGCGCACAGAAGAGUUGGUGCCAGGUGGGAAACACAAGCCAGUAACAAAAGAAAACAGGUCAGAGUUUGUGGAGAGGUAUGGGCAUUACAUCUUCAACACGAUGGUGAAGGAACAGUUUGAUUCCUUCAAUACAGGCUUUCAUAAAGUCUGCGGUGGCAAGGUUCUAAAUUUAUUCCAUCCAGAUGAGCUGAGAGCUUUAGUUACUGGCAAUGAGGACUUUGACUUUCAUGAACUGGAAAAGAACACUGAAUACAAGGAAGAGUUCCACCGCUAUCAUCCAACUGUCAAGUAUUUCUGGGAUGUCUUCCAUGAUCUCAGUCUUCAUGACAAGAAGAAAUUCCUUUUGUUCCUCACUGGCUGUGACAAAAUUCCUAUCCAAGGAAUGAAAUAUGUGAAGAUGAUCAUACAGCCCAUGAAGGUGCCAGAGUCGUUCCUGCCAGUGGCCCACACAUGCUUCAACCUCCUGGACCUGCCUCUGUACACAUCUAAGGAACAGAUGAAGGAAAAACUCACCAUAGCUAUAGGUCAGACCGAGGGGUUUGGCCUGGUGUGAUAUCAAACUUACAUGCUAAUAAGAGACUGAGGGAUUUCACAUUGCCUGAUACCAGAUGUGAAAAUCAUUACAGAGUUUCUUAGAAUGGUGAAAAUACUGUUUAAGGCUUUGGUUUAAAAAAGUGCUCAAAAUCAGUUUCACAUCAAAAGAUUGCUUGUUUUUUUGUGUUUGGUUGUUUUGCAUAAAUCGUGUUUAAUACACUUUGAACUAAAUUAAUAAGUAAGUUGCAAAAAUCAGCUGCUGUCUUUAGAUUAUUGUUUAUUAAUAUCUCUAUCUCUGUUUAUCUAUUUAAUUUGUUGUUGAUUUUAAAUAAAUAAUUUUUAUUUGUCUUAGGUCUACGAAUAGUUUGCUCUUAGUUGGAUUGUUGAUUCAAAUCUGUAAUACCCAGUUUGUAUUAAUUUGACCACAGUUCAGUUAGUCCUUAACAAACAUCUAGCAGUGCAGUCUUUAACUUGUUGGUGUAUGCCAUAAAAAAGAGCCUAAUUCACCUUUUUUUUAAACAAAUAUUGAAAAGUAAAUCAUCGAAAGUUUAUCAAUCAAGAGCAUUAACAGUCAAAUAAAUUAUAAGUCAAGUUUAUUGAGCCUAAUAAUAAAAUGUCUUUUAAGUACAUUAUUAUACAAGAACCAAAACUCUUGUAUUUUUGGAGUUGUCACCCUUUGAUAAUUCAUAUUUUCCUUUUCUUCAUCUUGUGGAUAGCAUAAAUAAGGAACUAUUGAAAGUAUUCAAAUGAAACAUUAUUUUGUGACAGACUGCUUAAAAGUAAAUGACUAGGAUCAUAACUCACUUUUUAGUUAUUGCAAUUAUUAAAUUUUCUUGUGCAUAGCACAACUGCCAUAGUUAUGCUGUCGAACGUCUAGAGUAAACACAGACUGGAAGAAACAUUUAUAACUUAAUUGUUAGUAACUUUGGUGUAAUUGCCCUUUGCAUAUAUUAUUAUAGUGCAUUUCUUGUGUGGAACAAAACUGCCAAUACUAAAGUUGUUCUUAUGAGUCUUCUUUUAUUGAUGGAUGGCUUUAAAAAAAAUAGAAAUGGAAUCAUAUAGCCUUCAGUUUUGACACAGCUAUUUUUCGUGUGAGCAGUAUAAAUCCAUAAGUAUUGAAGAUAUUUUUUAGGCAUUACUAUAUAAGUAUUGAAGGGACUGUUACAAAAGCGUGUAAGAUAAGGAACUCUGAGGGAAUCUUACACAAGCUUAUAAUGAUUAGGGAAGUCAGAAAAGCAGUACAGAGUACACAUAUCAUUACUUAUUCUCCAGUAUAACAGAGUUAUUCUUCUUUGUAAAUUAUCUGGUUUCAUUUAAAAAACAACAUCAAAACUCCUGCCUUCUAUGAAGGUUAAGGUUAAGGUUACAUUUUUUUGUGAAUACAAUACAUGCACCUCUGGGGCAUUUAGCACCCACAGUGACAACUCUUGUUUGAAUAAAUAAUCCAUUGACCAUCUAUUAUUUGCAUAAUUAUUGUUUCAUAUUUGUAUAUGAAACAGAUUAAAAAGGUUUUGAAUUGAAUUAUGAAUCACUAAUCUAACUUUGUUUUUACUUUAAUAUUAUUUACUUAUCUUCUUACUGUAUUCAUGUAUGUUCAUGACAAUUACAAGUAUUAUGUUUCCUUUUGUCCAUUUUGCUUGAUGAAAACUUGUGGAGAGUGAUAUAUCAAGGUAUGUGUUCUUUUGAAAUAUAUAGUUAUUUGUUCUAUAAGUUGUGAACAAAUGCGAAUGGAAAAGAGAUAAUCAUGCGAUGGAGCAGCCUGCCUGAUCAGCUCUCACAGUGUAGUCCGUUACAGGUGCAGCAACACAUUGUUCCACUUAUAGGAUGAUCAUUACUCCAUAUUGGUUUACAACCUUUUUGAUACAUAGAUAAUAUAAUUCAGUUUACAAAGAAUAUCUUAAAUAACACACCUUCAAUGAAAUACAAAAACAAAAGAUUAGAUGUUAAACAAUAUAAAUAUGUUUGAACGCUCUUUGGCAUCUAAUUGCAAUAAUAAAUCUUCCCUUUCUUUAUUUGAAAGGAAAUUUGAAUGGCCUCUCACAUUAAAUCAGUAUGGUCAUGUCUAUAGACUGGAUUCCUGUUCGGACUUAAGUCUUCAGUUACCAGUCUCUGUGAAACCCCAACCCUACACCCCCGCCUCUGUGCUCCUGUCCAAAACAGUGCGUCUAAUUGAUAAGAACAUCAAUAUCUUAAGAUUUAGAUGUACAGUAUAUAGUGUUAAGCCAUGUGUUAAGGUCCCUCAUAAAUUCUUACAAAUAAGUCAGUUUGACGAUAUAAAAGUUAAUUUCAAGGGUUUGAUCAAGUUGAUCAUUAACUAUAGGUAUGUUAUCCAUGUCUGUACUUUUUUGCAAAAAAAUGUUACCUUUUUUGUUUUUAUUAAAUUUAUUAAAAUAAAAUAAAAACUUGUACCUCUA